CGUCACGUGACCGGGGUGAGCUGCGGGGUUAGUGGCAGGAAACCGUGCGGCUGUGGAGAGGAACCCGGCGGUGUGGGGUUCGAUUCCCACCCCGAAAUGGAUGAAAUCACCAUUUCAUGUCUGUUUCCCGAGAUCUUAGCGAUGAUCUUCAGCCACCUAGACGUCCGGGACAGAGGCAGAGCGGCGCAGGUGUGUAGGAGAUGGCGGGACGCCGCGUACUCCAGGUCUGUGUGGAGAGGCGUCGAGGCGAGGUUACAUCUCCGUCGGGCCAACCCGUCUUUGUUCCCGAGCCUCGUCUCCCGCGGAAUCCGUAAAGUUCAAAUACUGUCCCUUCGCAGGAGCCUGAGCUACGUGGUUCAAGGUAUGUCUAACAUCGUGUCGCUGAACUUGAGCGGGUGCUACAACCUCACAGACAUCGGACUGAGCCACGCGUUCACCCAGGACGUGCCGAGCCUGACGGAACUCAACCUGAGUUUGUGUAAACAGAUCACCGAUUCCAGUCUAGGACGCAUUGCACAGUACCUCAAAAACCUGGAGCGGCUAGACCUGGGAGGUUGUUGUAAUAUCACUAACACGGGAUUGUUACUGUGUGCCUGGGGACUGCUAAAACUCAGGUAUCUGAACCUGAGAAGCUGUAGACACAUCUCAGACGUUGGCAUCGGACAUUUGUCAGGCAUUAGCAAGAACGCCGCAGAGGGGUGUCUGCACUUGGAACAUUUGUGCCUGCAAGACUGUCAAAAACUCACGGACUUGGCACUCAAACAUGUAUCAAAGGGUCUACAGAGAUUGAAAAGUCUGAACCUGAGUUUCUGUUGCGGGAUCUCAGACGGAGGCAUGAUGUACCUUGCCAAGAUGAGCAGCCUUAAGGAGCUAAACCUGCGCAGCUGUGACAACAUCUCAGACAUCGGGAUAGCGCAUCUGGCAGACGGAAGUGCCACAAUCUCUCACCUAGACGUCUCCUUUUGUGAUAAGGUUGGUGAUUCAGCACUUGGCCACAUUGCCCAUGGACUGUACCACCUACACAGCCUAAGUCUGGGGUCCUGCAACAUCAGUGACGAGGGGUUGAACAGAAUGGUGCGGUCCAUGCAUGAACUGACAACACUGGACAUUGGGCAGUGUUACAAGAUAACGGACAAGGGUCUGGGACUCAUAGCAGAUAACCUGACACAACUCACUAACAUAGACUUGUACGGGUGCACCAAGAUCACCACUGCUGGCCUGGAGAGGAUCAUGCAGCUGCCAAGGUUAAGUGUUCUGAACCUUGGCCUCUGGCACAGGUCAAGUUCAAGAUGAAAGGUCAAGGGUUGCGAGCAUUAAGCUCACAGAACAGGUUGAAAUCCUUACUCAUCCAGAGCCAAGAGUCACCUGUAGGCUGAUAGGUAACAACACCUGGUUACAAGUUGCUUGGAAAGUAGGGACUGGGUCAAGCUACAGGUCAAAGGUCAGCAGAUGUCAGAGGUCACUAGAAAUGCAACAUACCCAUGAUUGUGUUUCUCACUAACAGAUGUAGUGCCCAACCAACACCUAGGAAACUGCUGUGCUUUUAACCCUAUAUAAAUGUUGUAUACAUGAAAAAGUCACUAUCAGGGAAGAGAAGCUGUAACUAGCAUGAGUGUGUUGGUUGAGAUUAUGGUAAGCAGGACAAAUAGAUUGACCCAGCUCAGUAAGGUUCCUGUAAACAACACAGGGCUGACCCGUCCAGGCCCGGUAUGUUUGCAAACACUGCCACAGGUACCAGCUCAUACCACUGUAGGUAGGAAUGCAGACAUCCCAGCCAUACAGAGGACAGUUCUAUGUCUCAGCCUGUAUACAGACUAGGGUAGGCUGGUGGGACAAGCACACAGAGUUUCAACUACAAAGCAAUAACUAUUGUUAGACUGCCAACAAAGUGGCCUGGAAACACUGAUUAUCAUUCAGGGCUCGUACACAAUCUUAACCUGGCCUAAUGUACUUAAAGAUUUGGACAGAAGGAAAAUAUUCUGCCCGUGUCAGUUGCCUUGGAAUUGUGCAAACACAACUCGGUGACCUGUCUGCAUGGUGGAAGGAAUGUAUUGAUCUUGGUUUGCUGUCUACUUGUAUUACAAGUGCAGAAUUAAAGAUGAGACAGCUGGUGUUUUGAACUGUAUGUACUCUGCAAUGUAGCUGUCGGGUUGUUUUGGAGUGGUAGGAGAUGUGGAGAAUACACAGGCAUGUGGAUAUGACAAUGUAUGUAAAUUGAGAGCUAAUGAAUAAAAAGAGACUAUCGUGUAACGAACUCAGGUUUAGACAGAACCCAGAUGUACAGUUAAACAUGACAAUUAAAUAUCUCACCCUGGAAAGCCAGGAAAAUGCAA